CCCGGUCGUCCUGGGGACGUGGCCGGAGCGUUCGCCGCUCCAGCAGGUUCGGAGCGGCGAGAGAAGAGGGUCUUGGAUCCUCCCGUGACUGUAGGGGAAAGAGAUGCACCUUCCUCCCGGAGACCGUAGAGGAAGCUAACCGAGGUCGGGGAGUGGGCGUGCACAUGGCCAGAAUCAGUUUUUCCUGCCUGUGUCCAGCAACUUGGCACUUCACAGUGCCUUCAGUGAGCCUUUGUCUUCGUCAGCGGUUGGCCCUACUCAGCCUGCUGCUUGGAGUUUGCAUCCUGCUGCUUGUGGCAAUUACAAAUUUGUGGCAUUGGAAAGUUGAUUCUCGGGACAGGCAGUUUGAAAGGUAUUUGGCACGGUUUCGCGCCUUAGAGGCAACGGACACAAAGAACCCAGCUCUGAGCUACGGAGUUGUUGUUGACUGUGGGAGCAGUGGGUCUCGGGUUUUUGUGUACUUUUGGCCACCACAUAAUAAAAAUCCACAUGACCUGUUGGACAUCCGGCAGAUGCGAGACCACGCUAACGAACCUGUGGUCAAGAAAAUCAAGCCAGGGAUCUCUACAGUAGCCAAAACUCCAGAGAAAGCCAGUGAAUACAUGAAGCCAUUGCUCAGCUUUGCUGCUGCCUAUGUACCCAAGGCCAAGCACAAGGAGACGCCGCUCUACAUCUUGUGCACUGCAGGAAUGAGGCUGCUGCCUGAAUGGCAGCAGACCGCCAUUCUGGAGGACCUGGUGAGGGAUGUGCCCUUGGAAUUUGACUUCCUCUUCUCGAAAUCGCAUGCAGAAGUGAUCUCAGGAAAGCAGGAAGGGGUCUACGCUUGGAUAGGCAUCAACUUUGUCCUGGGGAGAUUUGACCAUGAAGAAGAAGAAGAUGCAUUGAUCUCUGUGAGCCUGGCUGGCCAGGAAGCGCCCCUGGUACGGAAGAGGACCGUUGGGAUCCUUGACAUGGGAGGUGCCUCCCUGCAGAUUGCCUACGAGGUGCCCAUCCCCACCACCUUCUCUUCUCCACAGCAGGAGGAAGCUGCCAAGAGCCUGCUUGCUGACUUCAAUCUCGGCUGUGAUGUGCAACAUACCAAGCACGUCUACCGGGUCUAUGUCAACACUUUCCUAGGGUUUGGAGGGAACAUUGCCCGACAGCGCUAUGAAGAGCUGCUGCUGAAUCGGACCUUUGCCAGCAACAGGUUGCGGGGCGAGCACAUGGGGGCAAAUCCUGAGAUGCCCGUCUUGGACCCUUGCCUGCCUUCGGGACUGGAAGAUGUUGUGGACAAGGGUAGCCAGACCCUGCACAUCAGGGGCCAAGGAGACUGGCAGAGCUGUGGAGAGCAACUGCACCCCCUGCUGACUGGAGAAAAUAGCAGCCAAGUCACUUUGAGCAAUGCCUAUCAGGCACCCAUUGAUUUUAUGAACAGUGAAUUCUAUGGGUUUUCUGAAUUCUUCUACUGCACUGAUGAUGUCCUGCGCCUGGGAGGACGAUAUCAUAGGCCCACAUUCGCACAGGCUGCUCAGGAUUACUGCAGCCUGAGCUGGUCUGUGCUGACCCAGAGGUUCCGAGACAAGCUGUACUCAUCUCAUGCAGACCUCCAUCGUGUCAAGUAUCAGUGCUUCAAGUCAGCCUGGAUGCACCAAGUCCUACAUGAAGGGUUCCACUUCCCCAGGGAUUACUCCGGCCUCCGCACAGCUCAGCUGGUGUAUGACCGUGAAGUGCAGUGGACACUGGGUGCCAUUCUGUACAAAACCCGCUUCCUGCCACUCAGGGAUAUCCACCAGGAGGGCAUCCGUCAACCCCACAGCUCUUGGCUCCAUCUCUCCUUUGUCUACAAUCACUAUCUCUUCUUUGCAUGCAUUCUAGUGGUGACACUUGCAAUUGGACUCUACCUCCUCCGUCUGCACCGCAUCCACCAUCAGCAGCUACACGCUGAACCACUCGACCUGCUGUGGUUAUCAGAAGUGGUGCCACUGUCAGCUCAGGAGCAGGGCUCCUGACGAAAGAACUACCUCUCUUUGAAUGCCUACUGCUGCCCCCUUGGCAGAGGUUUUUAACAGGCCCAAAGCUGUGAUUCUUUUAUAUUUUUAGACUAGAACUCUGUAGCACUCCGGCAUAACCCCAGGGCCAGAAACAUAAAAGUGUCUGCUCAGAUUUGCCCCCUACCCUGAGUUCCCCCAAUGGACACCCAAUUUUCCUCUGUGCUCAAAGGACCAGUUAGUUAGUAUAAUUGUGUUACGAAAGGGAGGACCAGUGCUGUUCUCUUGUAUUGCUAAUGGGGCAAGAAGUAGCAUUUCUGCAAAUGACCAAAGAAAACUUGAUUUACUCAGGAACGGGAGGCAGAAAGACCUGGUCUGGCUAAGGGCUGUUAUUAGGACUGGACAGUUCUUCCAGUAAGGCACCUCCCAGAAAAGAAAAGGAAAUAGUUCCUUUUGGUGCUUCAAAUCUGACUUAGGCCUCUCUGUCUGCGGAUGUUGAUGCCUGUGAGAAGACCAAAUGCAUACAUACAGGAUUCCUUAAGGAUAAGGAACAUUCAGGAAGGAAGGAAGGAAGGAAGGAGAGGCAACUCUGCUAUUUUCUGCCUUGGCAGUGGAACCCACUUGAUUUUGCACAUGCUUGCAGUCUCAGAUCCCACGCUGUAUGCAUCACUGGAUUAGCUGCUACUGCCUCAGAAGUGCAUCUUUCAGCUGUUCUUGGUUCCACAGAAGACCACCUCAGAUUAUAGACCAUGUUAGCUGCUUUUCAGGAGGACCUCUAGCCCUUUGAAUUGGAAUCAUUUGUGGGCUAAGUCACACAAUGUAUUUGUUUCCAGACUUGAACUGCAACAACUGUAGCAAUAAAUGAUGUGUUGAGCUGUUCAGCCACAGCAGAUUGA